GUGGAGCACAAAAAUCGUUCCUGAUAAAAAUAAAAAAGUGCACAAAAACAGCAGCAAGCCAAGGACACAAACACCGUGAGCAUGUGGUAGCCUACCCUGCUGUGUGCAAUUUACCUUCCCCUGAUUGCCAACACUUUGGCCACACAACUGUAAAUACUGACCUUAGGACUACAGAGCUCUUGUUGAUCAAUCAAUUUAUUGUUCAAAUAUAUAAAUAAACAUGACACCAAGGGCCAGAUUCACAAUAGUAGGCCUAUCCGAUUAUUUGUGAGUUUUAUUCUUAGAAAAACAAAACAAAAUAUAUCUUAUAAAUGUUUGUAUCUUUCGUUUUAGCAAAUCAUUAGGUACAUUUUUUCGAUUGAAUGGAUCCUUGAAAAUUAAGAUCUCGCAUUUCUUCGUGAUUUUAUUCUUAACUUUAAGGUAAACAUUAAGAAGUUAUACCUUGAUAUUAAUUGAUAACAUUGAUUUAAUUAUUUCAACUCAUUGAAAGAUGUUAUAUUUCUCACUGAUUUAAAAUAUGCAUGAUAUAAAAAAAAAGACAAAAAAGAAAGGUUCUUGGGAAAUUAUAUUGCACUUGAAGGAACUGAACAGGAACUUGGGAACUGUAUUAAAAUUUCUUCGUAGGAAACUUCUUAACAUUAAUCUUGAGAUAGUCUACUUUGUGCAUCUGGCCCUAGACGUCAUAAAACUGUUUAUAUUCUGUAACCCAAUUUUGAGAUUUUUUGAUUCUGAAUCAGACUUACCUCAACCGGCUCUCCAAUCCAGUUGCUGGAGAAGGAAAGUUGUCCAGAGCGCUCAGGAAGCAUUCAGACUUAGAAGGGUUGAUCCUGAUCAACCAGAACAGGAAAGUACGUAGAACAACAGCAGAAGGAUGACAAUAGGUCUGCAUUACAGGAUGGAAGUAACCGGAGCUCUGUAGAGAUCCAAGGUGGAGUAAAAACAUCAUAUGAGUGUUGGGCUGAAGCCACUGCCCCCCAAACAGACAUAGUCUGUCUGUCCGUCUGUCCGUCUCUUUGUCUGUCUGUCUGUCUGUCUGUCUGUCUGUCUGUCUGUCUGUCUGUCUGUCUGUCUGUCUGUCUGUCUGUCUGUCUGUCUCUCUCUCUCUCUCUCUCUCUCUCUCUCUCUCUCUCUCUCUCUCUCUCUCUCUCUCUCUCUCUCUCUCUCUCUCUCUCUCUCUCUCUCCUCUCUCUCUCUCUCUCUCUCUCUCUCUCUCUCCUUAUCACUCUUCCAUUUCCGUCCACCUCUUUGGUCCCUUAUCGUCAAACAAUUGUUUAUCCAUUUCGGUCUGUUUUCUCCUCCUUCCCCUCUCCCUCUGUCUUCUUCCCUCCCUGGCCUGGACUGUACGUGUGAAGAUAAAUAGUCUAAUCAAAUUAAAAUAUAUAUUAAUAACAGCAAGCCACCAACCACAUUAUGCUACCGGGCGCAGUCCUUCAGGGAAUCAAUGAGGACAGAUAAGGUGUUCUCAAACAACCCAAGUAUCCCUUAUUUAUUUACUGUUCAUGAAUUCGAAGAAAUCAUUUGAGUGUUUCCUGUACAAAUGCUUAUUCUGAUAUGAUUGAGGAUGGGUGGUUUAAAUUUGAUGUUUUUAUGAAGUCACGGUGACGCCUUACUGUGAAACCUUAACGUAAUCCCUUCUGGAUGACCUUUAACAACCUUUUAAAAAGGCUGAUUGCGGUAUUCGAAUGGGAAACAAUAUGUGUAAUUUAAAGUAUGCUUUAAUUGAACCUAAUAGGAAGCAACAUAGCUUACAUCUUGAUUCAGACUGACUCCAGGCAAGUAUUGGGAUGACGUUUUUUGACCCUCGGAAGAAUUACAUACAAGACACAUGAAUGAUUCAGCACAAUUUACAUCCAGGAACCACAUCGGUUUCAUGAAAAUAAAUAGAGGGAGGAGUACAUAGUAUGGUUCUCGGUCAUUACUACAAGUAAAGAGAAAUAUGCAGUGUGUCCAUCCAUAUAGGGUAUUUCUAAAGUUACAGUGGAUGAAGAGAAUAGACCAUGUCAGCUGUUAAAGUCCAGAUACAAAGCACUAUUUCAAACAAUCAAACCUGUAAACAAAAUGUAUUCUGCAAUACCAAACUGAUGUUGGCCUGUCAGCAUUUAGUGGUGGCAGUACCAAAUGCAACCCCCAGGUGGCUGCAAAACGUUCACAUGUCUGACGCUAACCCGGAAGUAAAUAAGGGUCAGACCGCCCUGCACACUCCAUGCUUAGUUUACAAUACACUGUUGUCAUUUCAUAUAUGACAUGUUUCCUAGCCGAAUUUUCCACUCUCGACCUUUUAAGAUCCAACGUUACGAAUAGCAACAUGUGUGACAGCCCAAUGCUGCGUUUUACAUGCAGAAAAGUCGAGGUUUAAGUCGUUGCAAGGAGUGAAUCAGCAUCACAUCAGCUCUGCAAGAUCGCAUGCAAACAGAGAUGUCGGGCUUCAGUGCAGAACUCAUCGACUACCUGGAGGGUAGGAUCACCUUUGAGGAGUUCGACAGAAGGAGAGAGGAGCGAGAAGCAGCGCAACCAAGUGUCAAGCGUCUCGGGGAAGACGGCGAGGAAGAGGAUGUUCAGCCCAAGUACCUCUGCUCAAGGCCUUGGGACCGCAGUGGUCCAACAGGCCUUUGCUUCCAUGCUGGAAGAAAAGAACACCCUCGACAAGAUGACGACGACGACGAAGAACAGGAAGAGGAGGAGGAGGAGGAGGAGGAGGAGGAGGACGAUGAGGAUACCUUGAGCUAUGGGACAUCUUUGCCCUGGGAGAUGGAGCUGAACCGGGAGAACAGGAAGAUGAUGAGGGAGCGCCGCCAUCGCAGUAAGCUGCCCCGAGCCCUCAGGGGCCUGAUGGGAGAAGCCAACAUCCGCUACGCCCGCGGAGAGAAGGACGACGCCAUCGUCAUGUGCAUGGAGAUCAUCAGACAAGCUCCGCUGGCGUACGAGCCCUUCUCCACGCUGGCCAUGAUCUACGAGGACGACGGCGACGUGGACAAGGCGCUGCAGUUCGGCCUGAUCGCCGCCCACCUGAACCCGUCCGACUGCGAGGAGUGGGUCAAGCUGGCCGACAUGUCCCUGGACCGGGACAACGUGCGCCAGGCCAUCAUUUGCUACAGCAAGGCCGUAAAGUACGACCCCACCAACGUGCGCUACCUCUGGGAGCGCUCGGGCCUCUACAUGCGCCUGGGCGAGCACAAGCAGUGUAUGGACGGCUACCGGCGCAUCCUCUCUCUGCUACCCCGAGAGGAGGCGUACAACGAGAAGAUCGUGGCGUUCCUACGGCAACCCAACAUCUACGACAUCCUCCAGGAGAGACAGCCGGAGGAGAAGGUGCAGCUGAUCCGUGCGGACGGGGCGCCGGGAUUGGCCAGGCUCUCGGGCGAUGCCGACCUCGUCAUCCUGCUGAGGUAA